CCUUUGCCUUUCUCUUUUCUUUCGCCCUUGUGCGUCGCAAACGCGCCAUGGCUGACCGCCCAACGACUGAGCCCAAUGAGCCGACCAACGAGCCGAGAGAGACCAGACCGAAGCCGAGACCUCCAAGACCGAGGCUGAGUGGGUCAAAGGAGUGCUGGGUACGGCCGGAGGAUUUGAAGGACCUCAGUGACGACGAAACAUCAAAUGAGGCCGAAGAAGUCAAAGGAAAGUGCGAAGCUAGGGAAACUUCAGACGCCCCAGAGGGGCGCUCAAGGAAAAGAAGUGCUUCUGUCCUUGAUCCACCGAUUCACUCCAUGCCAGAGAAGAGGCGACGAAAAAUGCCGGGUGCCAGAGUGGCCUUCAACGACCAUGUGGAUGAGAUCGACCCAGAUUUCGGCAUUUUCGGAUGAAAACGUCCGAAGGCCUUUGGACGGGCAUCCAGAGGAUGAG